AAACAAAACCCUAAUCUCCUCUCCCCCGCCGCAAGGGCAAGAUUUGCUUGCUGCUCGCCACCGGCCACCGGCCAUCCCAGACCAGACCCAUGCCACGCAAAAGAAGCAAGCUCUGCUCGCAGUCAGGAUCGCCCCUGAUGAUGGCGUCUGGAUCCGCUUCUUCCAGCUCUGAUCCCCUUCUCCGGAGGAGGGGGCUUAUUUCGUGCUUACACAGCCCAACUUGCCUGCCCCAAGGCGCCGGCGAUGAUGCGCCCACCGUCGAGCCUCCUCUUCCCGACAACGAUUUGCCCCAAGCCAUCUGCGACCUCAUCGUCCCCUUCUACGAGGAGGCCUUCCAUCGGCUGCCCUGCGAGACCAUGCCGGACCUCGUCGGCCUCCUUACCACCGGCGGCUUGUGCCUCGGCCUCCUCGACCCUGUCUCCAACAUCAUCCUCAACACCCUCGCCCUCCUCCCCCAAGACGCCGCCGCAGCAGCAGCUUCCUCCUCUCCACCCGCCGGUAAGAGGUCCAAAAGACUAGUGGGCAAAACCUUGGCCAAAUCCAAUAGCGGUGUCUACGACUGGCAAUCGCUUGCAGGCAGGUCCUACUACAGUCUCGUGGGCUUCCUCAUGGCAUACUUCGGAUGGCUCACUGAGGAACAGGCCAUCCGAUACCUCUACCGGGCCAACGCCAAUCUCCUCCUUGCCCUCAAGCUCAUCCAACACGAUCUGUAUGCUGAAGUUGAAGAACCACUGGACCCUGACUCUGAAAGGGCGUGUGCUGCCCUCAAGUGGGCGGCCACCAGGGCAGGCCACCCUUCGCCCACCACUUUGGCUCAGGCCAUGACAAUCCGGCUCAAAGAUGCCGACUUUGACCUCCUACAGAAGCAAUUUUCAGCUGAUGGUACUCCUCCUCCUAUCAUGGCUAAGGAUGCUGAAGCAAUCAGCCGUAUUGUGAGGAGGCCGCUUUAUGUUACCGGCAUAAGCCAUGAUGCCAUAGAUAAACUGGCUUUCCAUGUUGGUCAUAACCUUGAUGUUAUGGGGGCUGAAACGGAAGCUAUCCCUACUGCAGGGACCAUCAGCACCACCUACAGCUUUCACAGCCGCCCCAUCUGGUCGGUGCAGUCUGAACUGUCUCAUGAGCUAGAAGAUUGCCUGGAUGAAGCAGUUCGCCAGUCAGUCUUGUUCAAGGCCCCGUGUGGCGACGACUGCGAUUACCGGCAGUCUCUCAACAUGUACCUCCAUGGUAUGAUUCACAACUUCUACAUCAAGGCUCUCAAGCUGCUGCCCACACCCUCUGGCUCCCUCAUGCGUGGCUUCCUCAUAGCUGGCCACUGCUAUGGCUCCAUGGACCCUGUCUCCAACAUCAUCGUCAACUCCAUCUGGUUCUACAUGCAUGGCUCCUUUCUCCCACUUCCUGAACAAAGGAAGAUGAAAAACUACAUUGACAUCUUCGACCCCAUGGCGCUGCUUCCCUCACAAGUUUAUUCCCUCAAGGGCCUUACAGAGCUGGCCAAAUUUGCCGACCCCCAGUUCUUACUGCCGGCCAAAUUUGCCGACCCCCAGAUCUUACUGCCGGCGUGUGCUCUGGAGACACUCUGCAUUGCAAGAUGCAACAUUGUUGAGAUGUUAUCAUCAACAUCGGCAGAGAGGCUUGAAACAAACCCCUUCCAUGAAGCUGCCACGGUCGCUGAACACCCUCUGCCCCUUCAGCUGGGUGAACUGCACCGGCAGUUGCUGCUUAUGCCUUAUGAGCGAAACAAGCUUCUCUCCUGUAUAACUAGGGCUCAAACUUGUAAGACUGUGUUGCCACUUGAUGAGAUGACACCUGUUCUGGAGGCCGUGUUGUAUUCAUGCAAUCAUCCAGUACCGGUACUAGGGCCAGCUCCUAGACUUUGUGCGAAGGCUUUGAAGAUGGUGGCAAAUAAGAGAUCAGACUAUGAGGAGAAUAGGAAGUGGUUCCGUUCACAGAUUGAACAGGUGCUGAAGGAUUACACGUCGAAGCAUUUCUGGGGACCAAAGUAUAAACUUGAUAUUAUCUUUUGUGUGGAGGAAAGCUCGGAAGCCCCCCCCAGAUUUGGCAGGCACUACCAAGUCAACUUUACGGCUACUUCUGAUUUGAAGCUUGAGAGGACACUAUUCUUCGCCGAAUUUUGGGCCUCAAGUGAGCCAAAGCCAAACUUCUGCUGCCCUCUACCCUACCCGUAUGUGGCCCGCUGCUACUAUGGCGUGCAUUCCUCAACGAAGAUUGUGUAUCCGGAUCGCUCCGAGUACAUCUACCACGAUAUCACGGAAAAUGGAACCGACCGCGUGCAUGCCCUGCUAGAGAUGGACCUUGUCUACUUCAGUUCCAAGAUAGACGUGCAGCUCGCGAAGCAUCUGAAUCAUGCUGCAUCCUCAGCACAGGUACCUCGGCAUCCUUCGGGCUGGGCAAGGCCGAGGAAAGCGCGAUGCUAAAAAACUAGCCCUGGCCUGGCCCGGCCAUCGGGCGAUUGUUUUUAGGCCCAGGCCCGGGAAGUUUGGGCUGGGCUGCCCAUGUCAGGUAUGUGCACCAUGGCCGUUCAGACUAUAAGUGAAUCUUCUCUUGGCCGUGUAAUAAUAUAUGUCGCGGCUAUAGCUAGUGUGUGAUGUUAUCAGCUGUAAGUGAGACCUUAUAUGCAUUCAUGCUGUGUGCUAUGGUUUCCUAAUGAAUGCACAUUCUGCGAGUAUCAGGAAGUGGCGGACAUUGCACUGUGAUAUUCUUGUACUCUGGCAUGUUUUGUUUCCUUGAGCUAGCUGCUACUGGUAUGCAUGUGUCCCUGCCUUCUGUUUGCUGACCUUGUUAAAUUUGUGUGUAAAUCAA